AUCACGUGAUGGGCACCCCCCGGGUGACGAGCGAGGGGAUGUCUGCUCGGGCUGGGGUGGCGGAGGGCUCUCCGGAGCGGAGUCUCCACAUCCCGUACACCCCGGAGGACGGGAGUUGGGAGAGUGAGAGUGACACGGUGUCAUCGUCGUCCGCUGCGCGUCCGGAUUUAGACUUGAGCUCAUCCGAUGAUCUUGAACCUGAAUGGUUGGAUGAUGUACAGAAGAAUGGAGAGCUGUUCUACCUGGAACUAAGUGAAGAUGAAGAGGAUGUACUUAUCCAAGCUAAUUCAGUGCCAGCACCUUUGAUCAACCAUGUCAGGUUUAGUGAUAAAGAAGAAGAGAUCAUUACUGACCAUAAAUUAAAAGAGCCUCACGUGCAUGAACACAGACUUAGAAAGCUUGCUAAUGUUUUAAAAAAGAAAGGCCGGAUACAUGGACAUUCUUGCAGCAAAGCACAUGAACCAAAUAGUAAUCAACCACCAAGACCUGUUUCCAUAUUGAAACACCAACCAAACCCUAGAACUGGGGUAUCGGUACAGCUAUCAUACAAGGAUGUGUAUGUUUAUGUUAAUCCAAAUAAAAUAAAUAACGAAUUUCUUGUAGAAAGGGCAAAGCUGUUGGAAGCUUACGUGGGGAUUGUUUGUCAGCCUUCAAGAAAAAAUCCAGCAGAAGGAAAGCAUUUGGACAAAUUCACAGGUGCUAAAACACCAGCUGAAGAGAGAAUUAUUGUUUACAGUUUGAUUCAUGGCAGUACAGCAAUGAAAACUGGUCAAAUAUUUAUAGGUGAUGCUCUGAUUGCUGUGAAUGAUGUGGAAGUAACCACUGAGAACAUAGAACGUGUCUUAUCAUGUAUUCCAGGUCCAACCCAGGUGAAACUCACAUUUGAAACCUUAAGCCGUGAUGAAGUACAAGCUGACCUUGCUUUUGAACACAUUGCUAAACCAGUUCCCACUGAUGCCAAUUUAGUGAAACUUGUAUGGGGUCAAGACACUGUAGAUCUCCAAAUGGAUACUGGAAAUGUUUCUCAUAUUGCAAUGUAUUUAACUUUAAAGGUGGAAUCUGAAAACUCCAAGGAAGAGCAAGAAAUCCUUUACCAUUAUCCAAUGUCUGAAGCAUCUCAAAAGUUGAAAAAUAUUCGAGGAAUAUUUAUAACCCUCUGUGAUAUGCUGGAAAAUGUAACUGGGGGACAUAUUAUCAGUACUUCAUUGUUGCUGAAUGGAAAACUUAUUAAUAUAGGAUAUUGGAAAGAAGGUAGUAACCUGCUACUCCUUGGACUACCUGCUGAAAGGGUUCCUCUUCCACAACUAAGAAGCAUGAUCAAGACUCUUGUAAGAACCUUACAGUACAUGUACAGCUCAUUAGAUAGUGCCUUUUGCAAGUCGGAGAAUUUUCAACGAUUAGACCAUUUUUUCAGUUUGUACUUCCAACGAGCCAUUCAACCUGCCAAGUUAAGCUGUAGUACCAGUCCCAGUUCCCAGCUUUAUAGUAGUUCAACAGCUUUGUUUUUAGACACACUACCUGGAGUCCGCUGGCUUACAUUACCCCAGUACAUUAAGAUGGAUAUUGAUACCAUAUUGAGUGAUCUAGAAUCAGCAGACUUUGGAGAACUGUCUGAAGAUUAUUAUGAUAUGCAACGAUUAUAUCUGAUACUGGGCUCCUGUCUAUUCUUCAAGGGUUAUUUGAUUGGCAAUCAUUUGCCCAAAGAUGAUCUCCUUGACAUCGCACUUUAUUGUCAGCAUUAUUGCUUACUUCCUCUAGCAGCAGAGAAACGGAUUGGUCAGUUGGUCAUAUGGCGUGAAGUGUUUCCAUAUAGAUAUCUUGUAUCAAGUAGUGAGCCAAUCAUUGAGGGUUACCAGGAACCAACAGGAAGAUACUUUUUGCUGAUUGUUGGUUUGAGGCACUUCAUGCUGUGUGUGGUGUUAGAAGCAGGAGGAUGUGCAUCCAGAGCAAUUGGAAAUCCAGGACCAGACAGCAUUUAUGUUGACCAAGUUAAAGCAACUUUAUUUCACCUUGAGGGACUAGAAGCCAGUAUACAAGGUAGGCUGACCAGUCCUUCCACUCCAACCCUAUCAUGUGCUGAUUGGUUCCUCCCUCCUCGUGACAAGUUUGAAAGUAUCACCAGUUCCCCUAUCAUCAGUAAGCUGCAAGGUACAUCUAGGUCAACACAAUCUCCAAAAAGCCGAAGGACAUUAUUUGGAGAGUCCAGCCUGAGGAUGCCAAAAUCUGGUCCUCCAAGAAGCAAUUGUACAUCUGAUAAUGCUGGUGAAAGAUCUGGAGAUACUAGUUCCUUCAGUAUGAACUUCAAUUCGUUUUCUGCAUCCAGUAGCAUCAAGAAGCAUCUCCGUAGAGAGACUCUGGGUUCUGGUGGAUCUCAGAACAAGAAGAAACAAAGUUUUCCAAAUCCAUUUUUUCUCGGAAGUAUGAAGAAAAACCUUCCUGAGACAGAGACUGAGGAAAUGCACUAUAUAAGAAAAUUGACAUCAGGCUCAGAAAACACUCUUUUUCACUAUAUUUCCUUAGAAGCAUUGCAGGGAAUAUUCAUUACGCCCACACAUACUGAAGUUGCAAAACUUAAUGGUUCUAUUCACUCACAGCUAAUCAAAAACUUCCAUCGUUGUUGCUUAUCAAUUCGAUCGGUUUUCCAACAGACUUUGGACAAAUGGGAAAAAUAUCCAGAUAUUAUCCACAAUUCAACUCCAGUAAGUGUAAGGAAAAAUAGCUCAGGACUUGGUCCAGUAAAGGAACAUGGCAUCUUAUUUCAAUGUACUCCUGAAAAUUGGACUGAACAGAAGAAGCCACCACCCAGCAUGUCUUACUGGGUUGUUGGAAGACUUCUUCUAGAUCUGCAUCCUCAAGAGUUUUAUGUGUGCUUCCAUGAUUCUGUGUCAGAGGUUGCCGUAGAGCUUGCUUUCAGGCUGUCGUUUGGAUUGAUUACAUAAUGUAGAUGUUAAUUUAUAAGAACAUUUUCUGUGAGCAUAACAUUACCACAUUCCAAAAUAUACUGUAUUUAAAACUAGCUCCACAAUUCUCUUUGUAAUAUUCCAUUAAUUUGAUUCGGCAUUCAAAAUGUUGUUGAAUAUUGUUGAUGUACUGUUAAAUAAUUGAGUAUUUUAAAAUACAUAUAGAACGGCCGAGUACCAUUAAUUGCCCUAAACCCAGUAAUAUAAAAACAUACAAUAUUCUUGGUUUAUUAAAACAACAGUAAAAAUAAUUGGAUCAAUUCAAACAAUGAAACAAUUCUAUAGCUGGAUAUAAAUUAAAUGUAAUUGCAAUCUAAUUGAAAGAAUUUAGAUUUGUAAUGUUUUCAUUUCUUACUGAAUUUUGUAUGAACUGACCAUAGAUUAAAAAUGAACUAUUACUUGAAAUAUGUCAUUGGAGAUAUUUACACGUUUUCUUUUCAUAAAAUAGCACACCUGAAUUGUAGGUUGACUGCUUUAGGAAAGGUAAUAAAUGGAGCAGCUAAAACAUUAACAUGUUAGUCAAUGUUGUUGUA